AUGGGCUGUGGCCAAAGCCGACAGAGGCGCGGUCCGCCCAAGGUCGGCUCUGAAGGCGACCUCCGAGUGCCAUCCCCCGUAAACGACGCCAAGGCCGACCUUCCGGCAGGCUCGGAGCGCGCUCUGCUUGGGGUGAGCGCCGCCUUUCUCCGAGGACUCGAGACCCAACUCCGCCAGCAGUUUGAUGGCGAGUUUGACGAGCUCACCACCUCGGACAUUUGCUCUCGCUACGUCAUGCCGCUCACCAAGGCCCGUGCCUGCGCCUGGGUCGACCUGCUUCUCGAAGACCCUGCACAGCGGCCCCACCUGGCGGCAGCCACCGUGUUCGUCUCCCACGCCUGGAAGUAUAGCUUUGCCACGACCCUCGCCACGGUGCUGUACCACGAGCGGACGGAGGCACCGGGCGCCUACUACUGGCUCGACCUCGUGCCCAACAACCAACACGUUGCUGCCGACCUCCCCUACGAGUGGUGGUGCAACACGUUUCAGGAGAACAUCAAGGAGAUUGGGCGAGUGUUGCUGGUCAUGAGCCCCUGGCGCGACCCCGUGCCCAUGACCCGGGCCUGGUGCCUGUUUGAAAUGAUGCACGCCUUGAAUGGGCAGGUGCAGCUGGACAUUCGGCUGCCCGAGGCCGAAGUUGACGGGUUUGUGCACGCUUUGGUACGGGACAGCGACGAGGUGAUGGCCAUGCUUGUGCGGGUGCAGGCGCAAAAGGCUGAGGCGUUCAAGGCCAGCGACCGGGCCAUGAUCUUCCAGACGGUGGAGGCGACGUUGGGCUUUCCGGAGCUAAACUCCCGGAUCAAGGCGCAGCUGCGGGCGUGGUGCCUGGAGCAGGCGCUCGUGGCGGCCAGAGUGCGAGAGGAGGAAGACGGCGAGUGGACGGGGUUUGCAAGUUUUUGCAUGCAGGUUGGAAAUGUUUUGAGGGACUUUGGCGAGUACGAGCAGGCGCUCGAGUACUACAGCAAGGCGUUGAAGAUCCGAUUGGCGACGGUGGGCGAGGCCCAUCUGGACACGGCCAGUACCUACCACAACAUGGCCACUGUCUACAACACCCAGGGCCAGAACGAGCAGGCGCUCGAGUACUAUGGCAAGGCGUUGCAGAUCACGUUGGCGACGGUGGGCGAGGCGCACCGGGACACGGCGACCGCCUACACUGGCAUAGCCAGUGUUUACCACUCCCAGGGCCAGAACGAGCAGACGCUCGAGUACUACGGCAAGGCGUUGCAGAUCCGAUUGGCUACGCUGGGGGAGGCGCACCCGGAGACGGCCAGUUGCUACAACAGCAUGGCCAGAGUCUACGACACGCAGGACCAGUAUGAGCAGGCGCUCGAGUACUUCGGCAAGGCGUUGAAGAUACGAUUAGCGACGGUGGGUGAGGUGCACCCGGAGACGGGCAGUAGCUACACUGGCAUGGCCGUGGUCUACGACAAGCAGGGCCUGUACGAGCAGGCGCUCGAGUACUACGGCAAGGCGUUGAAGAUCUUUUUGGCGACAGUGGGCGAGGUGCACCCGGGCACGGCCGGUGCCUACAUUGGCAUGGCCUUGGUCUACAACAAGCAGGGCCAGUACGAGCAGGCGCUCGAGUACUACGGCAAGGCGUUGAAGAUCAUUUUGGCGACGCUGGGCGAGGUGCACCCGGGCACGGCAAGUCCCUAUCACAACAUGGCCAGUGUCUACUACAAUCAGGGCCAGUACGAGCAGGCGCUCGAGUACUACGGCAAGGCGUUGAAGAUCUUUGUUGGCGACGCUGGGGGAGGUGCACCGGGACACGGCCGUAGCUAUACUGGCAUGGCCGGUGUUUACGACAAGCAGGGCCAGAACGAGCAGGCGCUCGAGUACUAUGGCAAGGCGUUGAAGAUCUUUUUGGCGACGCUGGGCGAGGUGCACCCGGGCACGGCCGGUACCUAUCACAACAUGGCCGGUGUCUACUACAAUCAGGGUCAGUACGAGCAGGCGCUCGAGUACUACGGCAAGGCGUUGAAGAUCAUUUUGGCGACGCUGGGCGAGGUGCACCCGGGCACGGGCAGUACCUACAACAACAUGGCCUUUGUCUACGACACCCAGGGCCAGUACAAGCAGGCGCUCGAGUACUACGGCAAGGCAUUGAAGAUCUUUUUGGCGACGCUAGGCGAGGCGCACCCGGAUACGCGCCAAGUUCAAGCGGCUAUUCAUCGGUUAGAGGCAGCCCGAUAA